AAGGUCUUGCGUUGUUGGAAAAACCAGACUCGCAACAGACGGACAAAGUGGAGAAACAGCGAAUUAGUACAGCAGAUCAUACCUGCUGGGAUGCACUUGCACAAGACCUUUAUGGGAAAUUGACCUUGAAGGAAAAAUGAUACGAAUCGCAGCCCUUAAUGCUGCUUCAGCAACAAGCGAUGAGCAUGAGGAUUCCCUAAAGAGCCACAAGUCUCAGACCAAGGAGGCCCAGGAAGCUGAAGUGUUUUCUUUGUACCACAAAGCAUUGGACCUGCAGAAGCAUGACCAGUUUGAGGAGUCUGCGAAGGCUUAUCACAUGCUACUGGAGACCCCACUGCUCAAAGAGGCUAUUCCUUCUGAGGACGAGAAGGUGGGACUGAAGCACCCAGGGCUGAUGCUGAAAUACUCCACGUACAAGAACCUAGCCAGCCUAGCAGCGCUCCGAGAUGACUUGGAGACAGCCAUGGACUUCUAUCUAGAGGCUGUCUUGCUGGACUCUACAGACGUGAACAUGUGGUAUAAGAUUGGUCAGGUGGCCCUGCGUCUGAUUCGAAUCCCGCUGGCCCGACACGCCUUCGAAGAGGGACUGCGGUGCAACCCUGACCACUGGCCGUGCCUGGACAACCUCAUCACAGUGCUCUACACACUCAGCGACUACAGCUGCUGCCUGUAUUUUAUCUGUAAAGCCCUGGAGAAGGACCGCUGCUACACCAAAGGUCUGGUUUUGAAAGAGCGGAUAUUCGAAGAGCAGCCCUGCCUCAGAAAGGAUUCCUUCCGCAUGUUCAUGACAUGUGACAUGUCUGUCCACGCGGUGGAGGUGGAUGAAGGGGAGGCGGCGGCCGUGCUCCAAGAAGCUCUGGAGCUACGCAGGAGGAGACAGGCCCUGGACACCCGAGAGCCACAGCCCGACCUCAAGCUCAUCCAGCCCAUCGCUUGCUACACAUGGAAAUGCCUGGGAGAGAGCCUGCUGGCCAUGUACAGGCACCAGACCACCUGUGAGCCACCUCGGCCAAGCCUGGGCAAGAGGAUCGACCUGUCUGAAUACCAGGACCCCGACCGGCUCCACACCUCCCCCCAGUCCUUCACUCCAGUCAGUGUGAUCCAAAUCACCUCCAGCAACAACAGCACAUCACUGCCUGCUACAGAGCUGAUCCCAGCCAGCCAGCCCCCAGCCCAGACCACCGUGCUCCAGCUAGCACAGAGCCAGAACGUUGUGGAAGUGACCACGACCAUAGCUGACGCAUCCCUCGCUGACAAGGCGAAGAAGCCCCCCAAGCGGAAGCGUGCUGCUGAGGAGAGCGGAGAGACGGCCAAGCGACGCUCAGCCAGGGUCCGAAACACCAAGUGCAAGAAGGAGGAGAAGAUUGACUUCCAUGAGCUGCUGGUCAAGUUCCUGCCCUCCAGGCUGAAGAAACUGGACCCGGAGGAUGAGGAUGAAAGCUUAAACAGUUAUGAGAUCCUCUCUGAGGUGAAGCAAGACAGCGCACAGCUUGUCGGCUCACAUUGCAUGUCUUUCGACUCCACGCCCUUCAUGGAAUCUGAAAGGCUAGGUGUCCACACCUUCCUGCUGAAUAACAUGACUAACGGUGGGAUCCUGGAGCUGAUGAUGCGUUACCUGAAGGUGAUAUGUCAGCAGUUCCUGGCGGAGUGGCCUGCAGGCCUGGCAGCAGUGGUCUUGGAGAUCUACACCAGCUGGAGGAAACACAGCAGCAGCCUGCCAAUCCCCCUUCUCCGGGACUGCAGCAACCAGCACAUCAAGGAUAUGAUGGUGAUGAGCCUGUCGUGCAUGGAGCUCCAGCUUGAACAGUGGUUACUGACAAAGGGCAAAAACAGCAUAAUCUCUCCACGGAAGUGCCAGUCGGGUCCAGUCUCGGAUCAGUUCGGCUCAGAUUUGCCCGGCCAGCAUUUCCAGGGUGACCUGGUGCAGCUGGCCUUUGCCUCCUCGCAGAGGGACCUGUUUGAGGACAGCUGGCUGUCCUAUGUGGUCCGGGUCUACUGGCUCAAAGCUCGCUUCCUAGCACUGCAGGGUGACAUGGAGCAGGCUCUGGAGAGCUAUGAUAUCUGCACACGGAUACUCCAGGGCCCUACUGCGGUACAAUCUGGAGGUGAAAGCGGGGAGAAGUUCACCAUCCGCCUGCCCAACCUGUGCGUGGACUCGGUCAUCUCCGUGGAAGAGGUUGACAAGAAGCUGAAGUCCCUGGAGCGCUGCCAGUCCUUGGAAGAGCUGCAGUGUCUCUUCGAGUCGGGGGAUUACCAGGCGGUGGUGCAGCUCCUCCGCCCCACUCUGAGCACAGAGGGAUCGGGCCGGGCCAGGCAGCUCGAGUUCAGCACCUCCAUCCCAGAGAGACCUGCUCAGCUGCUGCUGCUCCAGAACUCGCUGCUGAAGCUGAAGGAUUUCCGACAGUGUCUGGAGUGCUCUGAGGUGUCUCUGAACGAAGCUAUCCAGCAGAUGAACAGCGUGAGCGUGUCCUCCGCUAAAGAGGAGUGGGUCGCCACGGUGACACAGCUGCUGGCUGGCAUCGACCUCUGCCUCUCUGAGGACCCCAGCAUCUUGAAGAGCUGCCUCCGGACCGCCAGCCUGGUGUGCUUCACCAGCAACCUCAUACAGCUCAUCGACUGCAGCAUGGCGAUCCCGGAGGACCCCAAGGAGCCGUACGUGUCGUCCGUGCUGCCCUGGAUCUUGCUGUACCACGUCAUCAAGCAGGAGGAGGAGACCUUCCACACCCUGCGCAAGCAGCACCGGCAGGGGAAGAGCCACGAAGAGGAUGAUGCUGAUGCCCCAAUGCUGCCCUCCUCCCUGAUGCUGCUGAACACAGCUCACGAGUACCUGGGCAGGAGGGCUUGGUGCUGCAGCUCGGACGGGGCUCUCCUAAAGUUUUAUGUGCGUGUGUUGCAGAAGGAGCUGGCUGCCUCCACCUCGGAGGAUGCUCACCCCUACAAAGAGGAGCUGGAGACUGCCCUGGAGCAGUGCUUCUACUGCCUGUACUCCUACCCCAGCAAGAAGAACAAGGCGCGCUACCUCGAGGAGCACUCUGUACAGCAGGUGGACCUGAUGUGGAGUGAAGCCUUGUUCCUGUUCGAAUAUGUCAAGCCCAAGACUCUGCCCGAGUUCGACAGUUACAAGGCAAGCACGGUGUCUGCAGACCUGGCCAACCUGCUGAGGAAGAUCUCCUUCAUCGUCCCUCGCAGCGAGACCCCAGUACUCUCAAUGGAGGAGGUGUCUGCCUUUAUUGAGGGGACCUCUGACAAGGUGCCAAGUCUCCCUGAAGGAGCUAGUCCAGCGCCCCCUCUGGUGUGUGAGCUGUAUUACCUCCUGGCUGAUUAUCACUUCAAAAACAAGGAGCAAUCGAAAGCCAUUAAAUUCUACAUGCAUGACAUCUGCAUAUCUCCAGACAGGUUUGAUUCGUGGGCCGGUAUGGCGCUGGCCAGAGCCAGCCGCAUUCAGGACAAGCUGAACUCUAAUGAGCUGAAGAGCGACGGGCCGAUCUGGAAGCACUCCCUGUCUGUUCUGAACUGCUUCAAGCGGGCCGUGGAGGUGGACUUCUCCAACCUGUCCCUGUGGAUCGAGUAUGGCACAAUAUCCUACGCUCUGCAUUCCUUCGCCUCCCGGCUGGUCAAGCAGUACAGGAGUGACCUGCCUGCAGAAUUCAUCAAGCAGAUGGAGGAGCGCCGGGACAGCAUGCUGGAGACGGCCUCGCGCUGCUUCCAGGCAGCCUCUCGAUGCGAAGGGGACGGGGACGAGGAGGAGUGGCUGAUCCACUACAUGCUGGGGAAGAUCGCAGAGAAACGCAAGCAGCCCCCAAAAGAGUAUCUGCUGCUCUAUAAACAGGCGGCUCAUUACUUGCAUGAGGAGGCUGCCCGAUAUCCCCGAAAGAUUCACUACCAUAACCCCCCUGGUCUAGCCAUGGAAGCUCUGGAGCUGCACUUCCGGCUUAGUGCGUCCAUCCUGAAACUGCUGGAGGCAGGGGAGGGGGAGCAGGCGCUGGACCGGGAGAUGAUGUUUAACAUCCUGAAGGAAGCAGCCGAGGGGGCUUUCGCCCGUGGAGAGGAGAAGAAUACUCCCAAAGCCAGUGAAAAGGAGAAGCCCUUUUCAGUGAACGAUGACGACUCGCACUCCUCAACAGGAACUGCACAGGGUCCCGGGACGUACCUCCCGUCCACCGGUCCAGGUCUGACAUCACCACCUUACACAGCCACUCCGGUGGACCACGAUUACGUGAAACGUAAAACCCUUCGUCAGCAGCAGCAGAAGCAGGAGCAGGCCCUGGCUGAUGACUUACAAAGAGGCCUGGAAAAAAAUAACUCCAUUCAACACAGCAAACAAGGUAGAUCAGCACCAGGCUUGGCAGCCCCAGCGUUUGACCAUGAUUACUCCCUGCCCAGCAUUUCAAAAUGGCAGACAUCAGUGACUGAGCGUAGUCAGGACAGUGUGGUGGUGAUGCUCUCCGACUCCAACUCCACACAGGACCUCUUCACCGACCCUGCCAGCUCCCAGGACAGCAGCCGCAAGGUGCACUCUGGGAAGGGUAGCGCCUCCUCGUCUGAGAACACCACCCCAUCCAAGGAGGGGCAGGACAGGGCAGAGGAAGUGGUAUUUUUUAAAGGGGGAUUAGAAGAGAAAAGUGAGGACAGAUCUACAGAUCUCCUUCAGCAGAACACAGUUGAUAUAAUGGACGUGUUGGACGCCCUCUCUCAAGAGCUGGGAGAAAUGCCGACCCACAAACUCCCAGCUGAGCCGGUGCUGCCUGCGGUACCAUCCACCCCCACCAAGACCUCUGCCUUGGCCAGCAUGACUGGCGUGACCCCGGGCAGCGAGGCCAGGAAGAAGCUGGACCUGCAGGGUGACGUGAGCGACGUGCCGCAGAGCCUGCCGGCAGAGGAGGGGGAGCAGCGACGCCUCCUCACUGACAUGUGCACCCGAGCCUUGUUCCUGUGCCUCAGCCGCUUCCCACAGCACUACAAGAGCCUGUAUCGCCUGGCUUACCUCUACGCCAACCGCAAGACCUGCCAGAACCUGCAGUGGGCCCGAGACGUGUUGCUAGGAAGCAGUGUCCCAUGGCAACAGCUGAAGCACAUGCCAGCGCAAGGACUUUUCUGUGAGAGAAAUAAGACUAAUUUGUUCAAUGGAAUCUGGCGAAUUCCAGUGGAUGAAAUCGAUCGGCCAGGUAGCUUUGCGUCUCAUAUGAACCGCUCCAUUGUUCUCCUAUUAGAGGUUCUGUCUCAGCUCAAGGACCACAACACUCUGCUCAAAGUCUCGUUAAUGCUCCAGAGGACGCCAGACCAGGGAAAAAAAUAUUUGCGGGAUGUGGAUCGCCAGCUUCUUGCCAGGAGAGCUUUUUUCCUCAAUGUGAAAGUGCUAGAGGACACUCUGAACAAACUAACUGGGGUGUCAGAACAGCCCAUUUCUGCCUUGUCACAGUCUUUGAUGGGGGAGAUGACGACGGACGUCUCUAACAAACCCAGCCCGGCCAAGCAGCAGACCGACAAGCUGGAGAAAGCAGAGAAAGCGGACGCCACGGGAGAACCAGCAAGACCAGGCUCUGAGGAGCCUAUGGAGAUGGAGGCUGGCCUCUGGCCGGAAUCCAGCAAGGCAGACUCUGCUUGUCAAUCUUUGGAUGCAGACUUUUCAAAGGCUGAGGAGAAUCUCCCAGAGGGCAGCAAGACCCCAGAACUCUCCCUGGAGGACUUGAGCAUCAGUUCCAAGCAGCAGGCAACGGUGGCUGCAGUGGCUAAGGGCCUGCCCCAGGUAAGCUCUGGUGGGAUGGAGACUGCCAUCGUGAGGAGACCCAGCCGCAAGAGGAAGCUGCUGGAGGACACAGAUUCAGGGAAGACGCUACUAUUGGAUGCCUACAGGGUGUGGCAACAGGGACAGAAAAUCAUGACCUACGACCUGGGCAGGAUUGAGACGAUCAUGUCGGAGACGUACAUGUUGAUCAAACAGGUCGACGAAGAUGCGGCUCUGGAUCAAGCAGUGAAGUUCUGUCAGAUACAAAUGGCCACAUCUACACAGAAGCAGUCAACAGGAGACACCCCCACUACUCCCAAGCAGAAGGAGCACAGGGAUCUCUUCUUCCCCGUGACCCCUACCACCGCAUCCUCCUGCCCCCUGCAGUCCGCGGCAGGAACGGCUGACAACGCUCCUUCAUCGGACAGCACGGCCAGGCUGAGCGGGGAUCUGCAGGCCAAACAACACAGGCAGCAGCAGCCGGCUUCCACCUACUGCUCCCAGGCCAGUGGCCAGUCGGAGCUGCAGGACAGGGCUCGGAUCAGGGAGGCACAGACCGACACCAUGGCCUAUCUAACACAGGGGGAUGAAUCUCUGGAGGGGCUGGGCUAUCGACAGCAGGAGUCGCACCUCUGCCAGCAGAUGAAUAUGGCGACUGUGAACCCGGGCCAGGAGGCCCCCGGCUGGCAGAUGGAGAACCCCUUCGGAGAGCUGGAGGCCAGCAGGAAUGCCCCUCACUCCCCCAGCCAUGCAGCAGACCCCUCCAGCUCGUCUCCGGACCAGCUCUCUCCAGGAAGCCAGCAGUCCAAGCAGCAGCCGGAGAGCAGUCGGGUACGAUCCCGCAUCCCACCCAACAUGCCGAAACUCUUCAUCCCGUCAGCGGUGACCAAGUUCCCCCCAGAAAUCACCGUCACCCCCCCGACUCCAACCCUGCUCUCCCCAAAAGGGAGCAUCUCUGAAGAAACCAAGCAAAAACUAAAGAGUGCCAUCCUGUCAUCUCAGUCAGCUGCCAAUGUAAAGAAGGAGACUCUGUGUCAGCCGGCAUUGGAGGUGCAGGAGACCUCGAGCCAGGAGUCGUCCCUGGAGAGCGACACCGACGAGGAGGACGACUACAUGGACAUCUGAGCCUGUGCUGCAGCCUGGCACCUGACAAGCACGCCGUGCAACCCGCUCUGCCACGGAGGAAAGACCAUGCUGGUCGUCUGCAAAAAACUGAAUUAAAAUAAAGCCUCUAACAAACAAACUUGUCUGCAGAAACCAGCAAUAAACCGCCCCUCUGCCCACCAUCAUGAACUCGACACCAGCUACACAACUGCAGCUUCUGUGUUAAACCCUCGAGCCCAGCUGUGGCUUUUUUUAGGGGGGGUGUGGGGGUAGACUAAUGCAAUGUUUCCCAUUCCAGCCAUCGUUGUCCUGUGGUCCUGUUUUUCAUUGAUUAUUGUAGCCCUCCAUCUCCAGUGUCUCUGUGCUAGCAAUGGCUAACAUGUUGUUUCCAAGAAGCACACAAGCUCUCCGCUGUAAAGCUCCCAUUUGUUAAUUUUUGAGUCCAUUCUGUUGUAUUGCGCAGGCUGUCCGUGGGUUUAUUACAGGAAUCGUGUAGGAAGCUACCGUGCCAUUUGACAGAUAGUCCUGCAUCUCCAAUCCACCUUU